AUGUUUACAUCAUCUAUCUCCUUCACACGGCUGCCCUCAUCUUCAUCAGUUCCUGGUCCACCUUCAGGCCUAGAGGGAGAAGCUGUCGGCUCUAAUGGCAUCCUGCUUUCCUGGAAUAUACCGUCUAAUGCCAAAGAUAUAGAUGGAUAUGUCAUAAGGUACAAGGAGGUGUGUCCUUACCCUGACCCCGCUUUCACACAGGUGACAAAAUACCUGGAUAUACCAGAGACCCUGAUCACUGACUUUACUUCAGGAUCUACCUACCACAUUCAGGUAGCAGCUAUAUCUCCAUUUGGAGUAGGAGCAUUCAGCAAACCUUUAUACAUAAAGACAGCAGAGUCCCCCCCUGGCCUGGUGACCAAUCUCACAGCGUAUGCUCAUAACCACACUUUCGUCGUCCUUACCUGGUUCUUGCCACACCGCAUCAAUGGCCUCAUCACAAAAUUCGCCGUCAAGGCCAGAUUUGCUCGUACUGGGCAGAUUGUCCGUUUGCUGGAGGUCAAUGCAGUGGACAUCAUGACUGUAGCCCUGCCUCACUGCAAUGAUGCAGCCGAUAUCCUGUCCAGUGCGACUCUCAGUCCCUUGGAGAUAACAGCAUCAUCGCCACCCAUCACCCUCUCUGCUGUGCCCCCUGCAGCCUCUUGGAACGUACCCAUAUCAGUAGGAGUUGAUCAGCUACGACCUUAUAUUGCCUAUCUAUUUGAGGUGUCCGCCUUCACCUCUGAAGGAGAGGGACAGGUAGCCUCCACUAUGGUUCGCAUGCCAGAAUCAGCUCCAGAAGACCCGCCACAAAACUUCUCUGUAUUCAGCAUGACGUCUCGAUCAUUCUCUGUGUCCUGGAGCCCUCCCAGCAUCACGACAGGAAAGUUCUCCUACGUACUCUACCUUUAUGGACCCACAGCAAAGAGGCAUAAAAGAACUGCUGAGCUUGGUCUGAUCACAUCUCCACCAACUUUUACAGCUACUAUUUCAGACCGCACGCUGCACACUAGUGCUACUGCUUCCAGUUUCACACACUCUGGACUUAGAAGCACUGAUUACAUCACUAACACGAAUGCUCAGCCAACCACUUACCCCAUGGCCACCAACAGGCCCAGCCCUGAUUAUGACACUGCCUCACGCUCUGACAAUCCAAAUAUGCAGUCUUCUGACUCUGCAGUCUCUGGAACGUCUGCACUUUCUCUUACCUCUGUGCCAUCUGUUACACUUCCACCCUGGCUUACGAAGCAAUUACAUGCCGGGGAAGUGACCUCAGGCUCUGCCCCCUUGGCCCUGACCCCAGGCCAGCUUCGCUUGUCUACACUUGAUGCUUCAAUUACAGAACACUUUUCAACACGCAGCGGUGCUGUGUCUGGUACCACAGGGGUAACAGUGAGACAGGAGGUAAUGGACGUUCUGUCUGAGGAGUUGUCCUACUUGGUGUCAGAUCUAGUUCCCUUCACUGAGUAUACAUUCAGGGUCACUGCUUCCACCACUGUAGGAGAGGGCCCUGCUGCAAAUAUCACAGAGAAGACCAGGGAGCAGGUCCCUAGCUCCGUGCUUGAGGUAUCCUAUCAGAAUAUCAGCUCUACCUCCAUUCUAGUGAGCUGGACCUCACCCAUCAAUCCCAAUGGGCGGAUCACACAUUACACUGUUUAUGGUCUCAAACUGCCCAGUAAUCAAGGCCUGAAAUGGGUUACUAGCACUACCAGCAUAUUGAUAACAGAUCUGGACAAGUACACUCCUUAUAAGCUUCGUGUAGCUGCAUCCACAGUUGUGGGGGAGAGCUCACUUUCUGAGGAAGAUGACGUUUUUGUUUUCACUUUAGAGGAUGAGCCCGACUCCCCUCCUGUAAACCUCACUGUGGUAAACACCACCCCCUCUACUGCCACAAUAGCCUGGUCUGCACCAGAGAAAGCUAAUGGGGCGAUCCAGCAGUAUGAGGUCCUGUAUGAGAAUGAAUCCUACUCUGCGCUGGUGAACACGUCUUCUAACAAAGUCACCCUGUUCAGUCUGAAACCAUUCUCCUUUUACAAUGUGUCUGUGAGCGCGUACACGCGUUAUGGAAAUGGCAACCAGACAUCAGACACUUUAUACCUGUUAUCUGGAGAAGAUGUCCCGGGCAGUCCUCCAUAUGGGCUCUCCUAUGAAUCAGUUAGUCCCAGUGAGGUGAAUGUGACGUGGAUGCCUCCUCUGCUGCCUAACGGCGUCAUUAUUCACUACAGCUUAGAGAUUUGGAACUCCAGUCACUACCUGAACCUGACCUCGCGAACCAACUACAUCCACAUCACGCAUCUGAGGAAGUACGCACACUACCGCAUCGUAGUUCAAGCACACACAAGAGUCGGAGCGGGAAACUACAGCAGCGAGCCGCUCAACAUCACAACACUUGAGGAUGCUCCAGGCACACCUCCUCAGUUUCUCCAUGCCAGGAAGUUGUCAGACUAUGAGGUAGAGUUAUCAUGGCAGCCACCACUCGAGGCCAAUUCAGACAUACUCUACUACAUUGUCAGAGUCUGGAAUGAAACGACUGACCUGCGGCAGAAUGUGACAAAGACUUCGGUGGUUAUUAACGUGGACUCAGAGAGUCGCUACAAUGCCUCUGUCUCCAGCUGGACCAGACUGGGGGAUGGAGGAGUGCUGAUCUACAUCAGCUUUACCACAACUGAUGCAGAGCCAUUUGACCCCCCGCAGAAUGUGACUGUUGUUAAUGCAGACGCCUCCUCUGUUACCUUGAUGUGGUAUCCACCCACUGAACCCAACGGGAUCAUUGUACACUACACUAUUUACUACUCAUUUAACAACACUGUGACUGAGAAGACAGUUCCUGUUUCAGACUUAUAUUCCCACACCUCUCCUGACUCACGUCUCUCCUACACUCUGACUCGGCUGAUUGGGGGCAAUAACUACACCUUCUGGAUGGCAUCCAGCACUGUGCAGGGUGAUGGAGGGGUCCAUUCCGAGCCCUUAAUCCUGUUAUUACCAGAGGACGCUGCUCCACUCUCAGCCAGUCGCCGGACCUCCAGGGCACCUUGUCUGUCCCGUACAGCUAAGCCCAGCAGGGGUUUACUCCCCUGGGCUCAGACCCUCACACACAUCCGGCCCCUAACAUCCACUCAUUCAUCUUGCAGAUCUCUCUGUUUUUUUUCUUUUGUAAAUUUCUUUUCUAAGAGCCUCUUGCCAGGUGACUCGGUCCAAAACUUGACGGCACAGAUCUUCAGCUCCACGGUAAUCAUAGUGAGCUGGGACCCUCCUCUGGAGCCAAACGGACGCCCCUACUACCUGCUCACCUUACAGGAGGCAGGCAUCGUUCCAAACAUCUCCAACCAAAGGGCUCCAGCUGUCAACAAGACCAUAAAGCACACCACAACUGACAACAUCUUCCUGUUCACCAAACUCAGGAAAUAUUUCCCUUAUGUGCUGACUGUUACCCCAGCAACUACUGCUGGCCCUGCCUACAACCAUACAAGCACAAUGUACCUGAGAACGGAUGAUGACAUUCCUAGUUCUGCUCCGUUGUUGGUGUCCACCAAGAACCUGUCUUCGUCUUCCAUCGGUGUGGUCUGGCAACGCCCUCUGGAGGCCAAUGGGGAGAUAACAGAGUAUACCCUGAUUCUUGUUGGCCUGGAGGGCACCAACACAACACAUACCCCCAACACCUCGUUUGUCCUCACUAACCUACUUCCAUACACAGCUUACAAUCUCACGAUUACGGCCGCAACUCGUAAAGGCUCGGGGCCUAGUCUGCUGCUGCAGCUGCACAGCGAUGAAAGUGGUCCCACCUCUCCUCCCCGUAACCUGACUAUAUAUAACCACACGGCAGUCUCUGUGUGGCUGAGCUGGGAGCCUCCUCUAGAGCCCAACGGAGUGGUGAUAAAGUACGGAUUUCGGAUCCAAGACCUCAUCACACAAACCGUCACACAUCGGAAUUCCUCUGGUUCAUCAACCACAGAGUAUCUCUCAGGCUUCAAGCCCCACAGCUCCUAUGAAAUCAGUGUGAACAGUUUCACCAGAGUGGGCCAUGGGAAUCAGUUCAGCAGCCCUGUGUCCUUCACAACCAAUGAGUCAGUGUCUGACGCUGUAGGGAAUCUGUCUUGCUCAGGAGUGAGCUGGGAUUCAAUUCUUUUGUCUUGGGAAAUUCCUGCCAAUCCUAAUGGGCAGAUCAUUUUUUAUGAGAUUCAAUUGGAGGUAGACCAGCAAUCCUAUAAACAUGAGGCCCAUACACCAGAGCACACAGUGACUGGGCUGUCGCCAGACCAGGAAUAUGCUCUCUCUGUAGCUGCUGUAAACUCUGCAGGACCAGGAGACAGAUUAAACUGUACAGCUUCCACCCUUUCAGAAUCAGUUCCUGCUGCCCCUCGAUUCCUCACCAUCUCUCAGGUCACACCUAACAAUGUGACACUUCAGUGGGCUCCACCACAUUCUGUUCCAGGCCUGCUUAAAGAGUAUCACAUCGUUGCACAGCUGAUUUCAGCUAACUGUGAACCAAGCAUAUCAGUUAAAGCUCAGUCAACCCCGAAGGACGACCUGGCCCUGCAUUGCAUUGAACAUAAUGUGACAGUGUCGAUAAAUGCUUCAGAUGCAGAACAGAAACAAAGCUUCACAAUCCAUCCCGUGGCUAAAUACAGACACUACCGCUUCAAAGUUGCUGCUGUGACCAACGCUGGAGUCGGAGACUAUACACAGUGGAAAUAUAAACGCACCAUGGCAGGAAACCCCGAUGCUCCUCCCCGUGACCUGAAAGUGACUUCCACCUCCAACAGCUUUCACAUUGCGUGGGACGCUCCAGCUGUUCUCUCUGGACUGACUUCUUAUCUUGUGCAGGUGGAUGGUCCCGGGGUGAAUAUCUCAAUAGUCAGGGCUCCAGGGGAGUUGAUGACCAUUGUUGUUACUAACUUGAUGGCUUUCAGUCGUUACUCUGUGACUAUCACUGCCUUCACUGGUGACUUGGAGCACGCUAGCAGUGAUGGGAAAGCCAUUGGACCCAUUUACUUUCAAACAAAGGAGGAGGAACCUAAAGACCCUCCAAAGAAUGUGACAGUUUCAGUAAUCCCAGAGGAAGUGCGUGCUGUGAAGUUGACCUUUAACCCUCCAGAGGAGCCCAAUGGAAACAUCACAGAAUACAUUGUAUACAUCUAUGAGAAGGACCAGCUGGUCAGAAACAUUAGCCUUAACAUCAUCCAAAAAGAGAAUAACACGAUGGAUGCUGUAAUAGAAGGGCUAAAGGGAGGACGGACCUACAGUUUACAGAUUUCAGCAAAGAACGGGGCUGGCAAGAGCCCACUCAGCUCACGUGUCCUGAUUACUACAGGGAUCAAAGCCCCAUCCAAGCCAACCCAAAAACCCCAGGCAAUGCUGAGCUAUGGAGGGGUUGCCAUGGUUACCCACAGGAGUAUCACCAUCCACAUGCCUGCAUGUUUCUAUAGUGACGACAAUGGACCAAUCACAAAAAUUCAGGUCAUCGUGGCCGAGUCAGGGGUGAAGGACAACAAGAACGUGACCAACUGGAAGAGCGCGUACUAUGAUCAUCCCGCCCCUUACUUUACUGACUCAGGGUUCCCCAACCCCCCGUGCAGUGACUCAAGUAUGAAUGCACAUCUCAGAGGUGUGUUUAGAGAUGGUUGGUCACAGAGGUACAACCAAACUGCUGCAGAAUAUGUGAUCGGCAAGAGCAAUGACUGCACGGGCAACAACACUGAGUAUUUCUGCAAUGGACCUUUGAAGCCUAACUCUGUCUAUGUGUUUAAGUUCAGAGCCACUAACGUCAACGGGGAAUACACAGACUCUGAAUACUCGGAGCAUAUCAAAACAGCUCCAGGCGAUGGGCUGUUGACCAGAGAAGAGCAGAUAAUUCUGGGCGUUCUGCUCUCCUUCUUCUUGGCUGUGUUACUCAUCAUCAUCAUCUGUGGCUCAGUCAAGAUCCACCAGCGUAAAAAGGAAGGUGGGACGUAUUCGCCCAGAGAGGCAGAGAUCAUAGAGACUAAGUGUAAGCUGGAUCAGCUGAUCGCCGUAGCAGAUAUGGAGCUAAAACAAGAAAAACUCAACCAGCUGCUCAGCUACAGGAAAUCACUCAAGCCUGUCAACAAGAAGUCUUUUCUGCAGCAUGUAGAGGAUCUGUGUGCCAAUGACAAUUCCAAGUUCCAGGAGGAGUUUUCUGAACUCCCAAAGCUGCUGCAGGACCUGGCCACUACAGACGCUGACCUGCCGUGGAACAAGUCCAAAAAUCGUUUCCCAAACAUCAAACCUUAUAAUAACAACCGAGUGAAACUGCUGUCUGAACCUGGCACUGCAGGCUCAGACUACAUCAAUGCCAGCUUUGUCUCAGGUUAUUUGUGUCCCAAUGAGUUCAUAGCCACCCAGGGCCCUCUGCCGGGCACUGUGGCUGAUUUUUGGAGGAUGAUCUGGGAAACGGGAACCCGCACUAUCGCCAUGCUCACUCAGUGUUAUGAGAAAGGCAGAAUUCGAUGUCACAAGUACUGGCCUGAAGACAACAAGCCGAUGUCAGUGUUUAGUGACAUUCUCAUCUCAAAGGUGUCAGAGGAAGUCUUUCCUGACUGGACUAUCAGAACUCUGAAAGUAGAAAAGCAUGGGCACUACAUUUUGGUCCGCCACUUCAAUUAUACAUCGUGGCCUGAGCACGGCGUUCCAGAGUCUUGCAGUACGCUCAUUAAGUUUGUCAAAGCUGUCCGAAUGCACAGGCAGGACAAUAGCACUAUUGUUGUCCACUGCAGCGCUGGCGUAGGAAGAACAGGUGUGUUUAUUGCUUUGGAUCAUCUUAUUCAGCAUGUCAGAGAUCAUGACUUUGUCGAUAUUUAUGGGCUGGUGGCUGAACUGCGCAGCGAGCGGAUGUGUAUGGUACAGAAUCUGGCCCAGUACAUCUUCCUGCACCAAAGUACGCUGGAACUUCUAAACAACAAAGGCAACAGCCAGUCGAUAUGGUUUGUUAGCUACUCUGCUCUGGAGAAGAUGGACUCCCUGGAUGCCAUGGAAGGUGAUGUUGAACUGGAAUGGGAGGAGACCACUAUGUAAAAAAACUGACUAAGGAACAUCUGUGAGAUUUCUUUGGGGGGUUUUGUGCGUCACUGUCACAUGACCUGUGGGCAGAUCCUGGAGAUGGAGAGGUCCAUCCCCACAAACCAAAGUAAGAGCAACAGGAGAUGAAUAUCUGCACUCAACGAUCUGUCUGAAGAACUCCACUCAGUCCACUUCAAAAUCUGUUCCGAGCACAGUCGUCUUUAUAUUGAACCUUUUGAACACUUGUUUCCAAAGACACUGCGAGGGAAAAAAGUGAAGAGCAGGGACAAAGAAGUUCAGAAAGGACAGGAAUAAAUGAGACAUUGUGAGCUGAUCGUGAGAGCUCUAUCACAAGUGUAAGCCUACAGGUAUUUGCACAAAUCGAUUUCACUG